CCAGGGGUGACGCCCUCUUUUCAACUUAUCAAGCUAACUCGUCCGCACACUUUUUUUUUUUUUUUACAACCCGGAACUCUUUUCUUUGUCAAAAAUGUCUUUGGGUGAAAAAAGUGAUGACGAGCUCAGCAAGAUGCUGACAGAAUAUGGAAUAAAACAUGGACCAAUAGUUGACUCCACUCGCAGGUUGUACGAGAAGAAGCUUGAGAAGGCCCUGAAGAAGCAGCCAGAGAAAGCCUCCUCAGAUAAAACUUUCUACAGGGAGGAAGAAGAAGAAGUAACAUACAUCACGUAUCACAACCCGGUCAAACAAGAAGGAUACUCUGACACGCUGAUGCGAAGACGCGACGCCGAAAAUGAAGAAGAGGAGUCAGAUGAAGAGAUACACUCCACCCACCGCAGACGCAGAGCAGCCAAUCAGAACGCAGCACCGCUGAAGGAGGCGGUCCAGUCGGGAUGCUGCAUGUGGGGAAUGAUGAAGAUGCUAAUGCUGCUAGCACUGCUAGCUGCUGCCUACUACACCUACCGCCACAUGAUCAGCCAGGAGAAUCCUUCCAAGCUCGAAUGAUGACGUCAUCCUUCACGGAUAUAAUAUUCAACCACCAGCAAUAUUCUGCGUGGUUCUUGUCAAUGCUGCCUGCACAGCAAGUGAAAGCUGUCAUGUGACGUCAUGUGACAUCCAUUUACCAAAUAAAAACGUAAUGUGGCCACAAAUU